AUGAGGGUGGCUGUGGGCAUGCUCUGGCUCCUGGCCCUUGGGGGACACCCCCAGGCCCAGAGCUCUUGCCCCUCACAGUGCAACUGCAGACUUCAUAUGCUGGGUGAUGGCAGCAGGACCAGGACCGUGGUGUGCGAUGACCCCAACAUGACACUGCUCCCAGCCGCCAUCCCUCCAGACACCUACCAACUGCGCCUGGAGCGCACAGCCAUCGGCACAGUGCCUGCCGGGGCCUUCAGGCUGCUGGGCCGUCUGGAACAAUUGUGGCUGUCCUACAACGCCCUCAGUGACCUCAGCGCUCUCAUGCUGCGAGGCUUGCAGCACCUGCGUGAACUGCGGCUGCCCGGGAACCGCCUGGUCUCCUUCCCCUGGGUGGCGCUCAGGGAUGUCCCUCAACUGCAGCGGCUGGACCUGCAGGCUAACCGCCUCUCUGCCAUUCCGACGGAGGCUGCGCACUUUGUGAGGAACCUAACCUUUCUGGACCUCUCCAGCAACCAGCUGAUGAGGCUCCCCCAGGAGCUGCUAAUUACCUGGGCCCACUUGCAGAUGGGGCCCUUUCUACCUGGCUACCAUGCUAAGCUGAUCCUAGGGCUUCAGGACAACCCCUGGGUGUGUGACUGCCGGCUCUAUGACCUGGUCCACUUCAUGGAUGGGUGGGCCCCACACUUAGCCUUCAUCGAAGUCAGGCUGUGGUGUGCCAGCCCACGCAGCCUGGCUGGGGUGGCCUUCAACCAGCUGGAACUAAGGAGGUGCCGGGGUCCGGAGCUCCACCCGAGUGUGGCCAGCCUCACAUCCCCUGUGGGCAGCACAGCACUGCUACGUUGUGGAGCCACUGGGAUCCCUGGGCCUGAGAUGAGUUGGAGAAGGGCCGACGGGCACCCACUCAAUGGCACAGUGCACCAGAAGGUCUCCCGGGAUGGCAUGACCUGGGCUCUGCUGGAUCUUCCAAAAGUGUCCCACCAAGACUCUGGAGACUACAUCUGCCUGGCCAAGAACUUCCUGGGCACCUCCAAGAUGCACAUAUCCCUGACUGUCACUGAGGCCCAGGCUUUCACAGAGCAGAGUGGGGGCCCUGAGGCGCUGCAGGCAAGGACAGGUGAAGGGGCGGAAGCUGCUGCUUACAAGGACAAGCCAGCGACCAGACGCAUUCUCCAUGCCCCCAAACCUCCUGUCCUGGCCCCCUGGACUUUUGCGCCCAACACGGAGGAGGAGCGAACCCGCAGGUACUUGGCGAUGGGCAUCCCCAGAGAGCUCUCAGGUCAGCCAGCGGGGCCCCAGGAGGCACGUAUGGUGCAGUCCCUCAAGGUGGUAGGGGACACGUACCACAGCGUGUCUUUGGUGUGGAGGGCUCCUGAGGCUGGGAACACCACUGCCUUCAACGUCCUCUAUGCAGUCUUUGGGCAGCAUGAGAUGCUGCGGGUGGCCGUGCAGCCUGGCAAGACCAGCGUCACCAUUGAUGGGCUGGCACCCCAGCUCAAGUAUGUGGCAUGCGUGUGCACUCGAGACCUGGCUCCCCGCAAGGAGCAGUGCAUCAUCUUCUCCACAGACGAGGUGGUGGACGCCCAGAGCACACAACGGCUCAUCAACGUGGUGGUCGGCAGUGUAGCUGCCAUCAUUGGACUGCCCCUCACGCUGUUCGUCUGCUGUGGAGCCCUCGGCAGGCACCACCGGAAAUGUCGUGCCCAGGCUCCAGCUGAGGCCACCGGUGCCUACGUCAACCUGGAGAGGCUGGGCCACAGAGAGGGUGGCUCCGAGGGGCUGUGUGGACACAGCCUGGGCGAGGCAGACAGGCUGCUAUCAUCCGGGUCUAGUCUAGACUCUCAGGCCAUGGGUGCCAGGCGCGCCCAUGAACACUGUUGCUGA